AUGUUGGAUGACAUUUAUCCGUUGUUUGGUUGGAACGAACCAGUUCCCACAGAAUUCAAAGAGAUAUUUUCAAAAUGUGUCAAGAAAGAAACUGAAUUGGGUCAUGAUUCCAAUUCCAGGAAGUGCAGCAGCACAUUAGAAGAAUCCUUAAUUGUUGACGAAGAUUAUGAAAUAAUAGGCAAGAGUCAAAACGAUAAUUCCAUAUGUCCAAUCUGCUACCAGAAUGUGUAACUGGGCAACACAUAAUUGUACUCAAAUCAUCUCUCCCUCUACUUCGAUGUCCAUACCCAAUGCGCCCUAAUGUGCAAACAAAAACCAGCCUCCCUGGCUUUAUUGCAUGAACACAUCCAAUCGGCCAAAUUUAUCAAGCGCGUCCCCAUCGACUACGAUCUCCUCGACCUCAACAUCAAAGCCUUCGUAGAGUUCCGAGUCUUUCACACCAUUGCCCAAAAACCAUUCUUGCAUCUGACUCAUUCCACAACACUUAAAUAAAAAAAAACCACUUCCAUCCUAAUCGAUUAUGCAAACCUCAGAGAAUACUUCGGUAAGCGUCCCAAAUACCUUAUUCCCUUCCUCCAGGGACGCAUUCAAAUAGAACUCUACAUCAUAGAUGCCAAUCUCAUGCAGGAGGGCAAGAGUGCUCGUACAUUCGAAUUCUAUUACAAUGCAGAAUAAGCAGCGGUGGGUGAUUACAUUUCAUUAGAAUCUGACGGAGUGUGCAUCUCCAUGUAACUAGAAGAAGAAUCUAUCCAACUAUCCAUUAAAUCACUCCAAAUCACACUCCCCUCCGAAUUAUCUACCAGUUUAAUUAAGCAAUCCCCCAAGUCAUCACCCAUCAUCGAUAGUUUCUUGUUCUCCCCCAAAUUGAACAACUUCACGCCCCAAGUAGGUCCGAUUCAAUCAAGAGUUCGCUUACAAAGUUUCCAACUUGAAGAAACCAUACAAACUCCCAUUGAUGAAUGGACUGAAGAUUUAUAGAAUCUGGAGUAGAUUAGAGGCAAUGUUGUUAAUUUUGUGAAAACUCAACAUGGCAGUAGAUUGAUUUAGAAGUACUUCACUACUUGCACUCAAAUUGAAUUAGAUCAAUUGUUAUAAGAAAUAGGACCGCAUCUACCAGAUUUAAUGAUUGACCCCUAUGCCAAUUACAUGUUUGGUAGUCUAAGUCAGAGUUGUGCUCCCCAUUAGAGAUUGUAUAUUCUCUAAACAAUUGGCAAUCGUCUUGUUGAUAUUGCUUGUGAUAAAAAGGGAACCCAUGCCAUUUAGUCCUUGGUUUCAUUGAUCUCCUGCAAACAAGAAGAAGAAAUGGUCGAGAAUAGCAUUAAGAAUAACAUCAUCCCACUCACUCUAGAUAGUUAGGGGACUCACCUUAUCAAAAAGAUAAUUGCACGCUUCUCUGAAGACCGACUCAAUUACAUUUUCCACAAAUUGAUGGACAGAUUCAUUCAGGUUGUUAACCAUCAAUUCGGUUUAUGUGUGUUGAAGGAUCUCAUCACGAAAUUCAAAAACAAUUUAGAGAAAUCUGCCAUCAUCAUUAAUAGGAUGAAGGAUCAUUUAGAUGAGAUUAUUUAAGACCCUUUUGGGAAUUACGGAGUAUAACACGUUAUCGAUGUCUAUGGAGAUCUCAGAUGUAAUUGCAUCAUUGACAAAAUACUUCUGAAAUUAAUACAACUAUCCAUACACAAGUAUUCCUCCAAUGUUGUCGAGAAAUGCAUUCUUGAAACAUCUCCAAAAACUCAAAAAAGAUUCAUCAAAUAACUUUCUUAAGACAUCAUCUGUUUGGAAUUAAUGAAAAAUAAAUUCGGAACUUUUGUACUACAAAAAGCUUUGUAAGAAGCUGAUAAAUUAUCUGAAACCGAUUCAUUGCAAUAAGCACUUUAUCGCAAUCUACCUUCCAUUUAUGCUUAAAAUAUUAGACAAAAAUGGUUCGAAUACUUAUCUAAGAAGUGA